AUGAACGGUUCAAAUCGUCCCCGUCCGCCACCUCCCGCUGAGCCACGACGCGGGGGCGACCCUCGCAAUGGCAUGGCCGAUGCCAUGUCCCGAGCCGAGAAGUUCGAAGACGAGAAGAAGCGGAUUAUCCAGAGCUGUUACUCGAAGAAAGAUGCCGAUGGAACAUUGACCGAGUCCUACAUUACCCAUGUUCGAAUCACAGAGGACAGCUCGCAUCCUUCUACCCCUGCCCCGCCAAACUCGGCACCCGAAAACAAAAAGGCUCGAGUUAUUAUAGUCUCGGUCCGAAAGUCAGGCAGAGUUCGAAUGCACAAAGCCCGCGAAAAUAAUGAUGGGUCCUUCUCGAUUGGAAAAACGUGGAUGCUGGAUGACUUGUCCGCGAUUCAAUCCUAUACCGCAUUUGUUCCAAAGUCACCUGUCGAACAGCAACACAAAGAAUGGGCCGGUGCUCUUGGGUUCGUGGUUACUGUUGGAAAGCCCUAUUACUGGCAUGCCCGGACUUCGAAGGAAAAGGAGUUCUUUAUCGGCAGCCUGGUGAAGAUUUACAAGAAAUACACUGGUGGUAAAGUUCCAAAUCUUAUCGGGUUCGACGACAGGGAGCGCCAGCUUCUCGUCGGUACUGGUCCAUCAGGGUCUCCGGCACCCCCGCCACACCGAGGUGGCCCUGGUCCUUCGCCAGACGUUGUUCCUCCACAGCAGCCACCUUCCUCUUAUAGCAAUCGUGAUCCUAGCCGUGAUGGACCCCGCGAAAUUAGACGGAAACCGUCCGAGGAGCCGUCUCUUCGACCACAGAAAAGCCGCGAUCAAAUGCCGCGCCCUUCUACAGGAACCAGACCACCAGCGCCCUCUCCAUUUGGACCACCGCAGAAUCCUCCACCUAUGGUUCCGCCCCAGCGAGCGGAACCGAAGUCAUUUUUCUAUGCAGAUGAGAUGGCUCGUCCUAGCUUGCAAGAUGAACAGCGACCAUCUUCAUCUCGGAGUGGCCAACCGGGUCAGACCUUGGAAGCGAAACAACAGCUUGAUCCUAAACCCAGUUCGGAUGGACUGCGGCCUACCACUCCUGGCUCAUUAACCGGCGAAACGCGGGCUAUGGCAUCUAGCCCGGGCAGCAGCAUUGGCCAGAGGUCACCGUACCGCGAAACCAAUGAUAAAGGACCGACCUUGGAACAACAAACCCAACCUGGGCCACCACAAAGUGUAUCAGAAGACGUGUCCUUUAUGACGUUGGCAGAUGAACAGAAGCCAGCGCCGGUUUCAGAAGCAGAAACAUCCUCCUCACCACCACUUGUAGACCCGGCAGUGGCUGCUGUUGUGGUUGCAGCUGAUGAACCACCAGCGGCAGCAUCGGCACCGGCACCAGCUGCAGAAACGCCGACAGAGCCGCCAUCCACAGCUUCUCUUGACAAGGGAGGUGAUGAUGAUGAGGCACACCGUCCUGGUUUAGGCCCUAUGAUUAAAAAGAAGUCGGCCAAAGAUAUUGCUGGGGCUUUCCGGACAGCUGCUAACAUGCAUGGUGCUUUCAAACCUCGGCCUGGGGGAGCUGGUGAGCGACUUCUUGCUGCGGCAAAGAAGCAGCAACAGGGUCAACCGGGCCCUGAGCCAGAUGGUAUCACUGGUGUUGUCCCAGCUCCAUUCCUCUCUCGGUCUGCCAACGACGCCCCGAAGAGCCCCGUGGACGAUGACACAGAGAAAUCGUUGCCACCAUCAGAACCAACACCAGCUCCAACAUCUGUGGAGCCCUCUCUAAAGGUUGAAAUUGAAACGCCGACAGUCGAGGUCACAGAGCACGUGGUCCAAGAGGCUCCAGUGCUUCAUCUUCCCAGACCUGAAGAGUCUAAAGAUUCAUUGUAUGAAACUGGCCGGGUGGAAACUAGGCCAAGAACCCCGUCCCCGGCAGCUCAGGGCCGUCGCCGCAGACGUCGCGAAGACCAUACCCUUAAGUACUGCCAAGCACUCGGUAUUGAGGUUGCUGUCCUUGAUGGACGAGGUGUUGACUUCGACGACAUCCUAACUGAUCUUGGCUGGAACGGACGGUUAGGCGAUGAGCAGAAGAUUGAGGAUUUGGAAGCAGACGUGCGUCGUGAAAUUGGCCGCGUCGAAGCGACCAGCUGGCUGGGAAAUCUCGAACAGCAAGAGGGCAAGGUUGAGCAGUUAGCGGUCCUCAUUGACAAAACCAUUGAAGAGUGUGAGGAGUUGGACGGGCUGUUGACUCUUUACUCCCACGAACUCAACACUCUCAACGAGGAUGUGUCGUAUAUCGAAGCACAGUCCCAAGGUUUGCAGGUGCAGACUGCCAACCAGAAACUGCUCCAGAGCGAACUGCAGAAUCUCCUCAAGACUCUCUCCAUUUCCGCGAAUGAAAUGCGUCCCCUAAAGGAAGCCUCGCUGAGUAACCUGGACGGCUUGAAAGACACUGAAAAUGCAUUGUCGACGCUGUACAAGGCCAUGCUCAUGAUCGAUGCUGAUAUUGGACAAAACAAGCGGCGACAGGCCGAUGCUAGCGUUGGAGUUUACGCCAAUACCGAAAUUGGACAGAUGCGGGCGAUCAAGGACAAGAAGGAAGAGUACCGCUCUAUGGCGUUGAUGUUCUUGCAGCGCUUGAAGCAAUUCAUGUCUCUGGCCUUCAAGAUGGCUGAACAGAAGCGGACCGAGGCCAUGUCUUCUGCCUCCAAGGAUCCCCUGAAGUUGGAUAACUCAGCUCGACAAGCAGGACGCGGUGAGAUCUGGAUGUUCAGCCCGCUCAUGCUUUUUGCCCGAGAAGUGAGCACAUCGGAGUGGCAAGGGCUCCUCCAUCUGUACGAACAGCAAUCCAAGUCAUCGUACCAAAAUGAGUUCCGUGAUAACGGCUUGGCUUGGCGGAGAACGGCUCGCAAACCCACUGGUGAUGAGCAAGAACUUCUGUUCACCCACCAAGAGAAGGAGAAGGAAGGCGAGGGCAUUACUAUGGCCGCUCGAAAGCUGACUGUCCGACGAGGCAAGACCGUGCGAGCUGCGGCCGGUCUACGUCUUGGGUCUGGCGAGAAGAAGGCUCCUACCAAUGGCAAGGUUGAGCCCUGCGAGGCAUUUGCUGGAUCGCUGCGCGAGACGCUGAACAUGAUCACCGAAGAGCAGAACUUUAUUGUUCAAUUCUUCCACCUUGAUUCUCUCGCCACCGCGGAAUACUCAGACCUUAUUGCGUCCGCUGCUCCUGAAAACCGACAAUGCCCUGAUUUCUCUACCAAGCAGUCGCAUGACCCCGACCGGGGGAUGGCAAAGAGGGUUGAGCACAUCAUGGAUGAGGUUUAUUCCUUCUGGCCAAACGAUGUCCAAAGCAUGGUGGACUGGGCUCUCCAAGCCGACCCUAUGCAAGGAAUUGGCAUCUUGUUUGCCAUCGAGACGGCUAUGGCUGAUCUCGACGACACUAAUCAAGAAUUCAUUAUCCAUGCUCUCCAGAAGAUGCACUCGCGUCUCAUGGGUCUUUUCAACCGAUUUGUUGAUGAUCAAAUUCGCGGCAUUGAAGACACCAAGGUCAAGAUCAACAAGAGAAAGGGCGUCAUCUCCUUCAUGCGCGUCUUCCCCCACUUUUCCACUGCUGUUGAAAACAUGCUGGCCCAACCAUCUGGCGAAUUCUGCGACAUUCGUAUCGCCGUGAACGAUGCCUACGACCGCAUCAACCGGGCGAUGUGGGAGUCACUCAAGUUCAUCGCCAAGGAAGCUCCCGGCCAGCCACCCGGUGUCGCUGCCAGCGCGGGAGACCCCGAGGACAAGGAGAUACUCAACUACCACAUUCUGCUCAUUGAGAACAUGAACCACUACGCCGAAGAGGUUGACGUGCACAACCUGCCUGUGCUUCAACGGUGGGUGGACCGGGCGCACCAGGAUUUCGCGGAGCACAUGAAGCUGUAUCUUGAUGCGGUCAUCCACCGCCCUCUGGGCAAGCUGCUGGACUUUAUCGCCUCCAUUGAAACCUUGCAGGCGAAUGGCAAUGCGGCGGAUGUCGCCUCGCGCACCAGCCACUCGCGGGCCGUUGCCAAGAAGGUUCUUUCGUCGUACGACGCCAAGGAAGUGAAGCGUGGCAUCGAAAUGCUCAAGAAGCGGGUAGAGAAGCAUUUUGGCGACGCGGACGACCCUGGGCUGAGCCGCAGUCUGGUGCUGAAGGUGUUGCGGGAAUGCGAGGGCCGUUAUGAGGAUGCGUGGGAGCGGACCCGGCGCAUCAUCGAUACGGUCUACGACGGGCAGCUAGAGCUGGAGUGGCGCAAGGAGGACACCGCAACGAUGUUCCGGAAAUGA